AUGGCAACCCGUGCGCAGUUGACGGAGGAUCUGGCCGAAUGGAUGCCUUUCACGGAGCUGGCCGACGACGAGCUGGCGGCAAUAGCUCAGACGAUAUCUUCAGAACCACAGCCAUUAGACGAUGACCACACCUCCGGCAAACGGAAACGAAUUGCUUCUGAAGACCCGAUGGCUCUUUGGCGCCGGAUGAGCGGUGCCUAUCUGGACGAGUUGCUACGAGGGGAAUCUUUAGGGAGACACCACGGCCGACCCUCGUGUGCGGCCUGUGGCGAGAUUCUCACCGAGAAUGCCGAAUCCCGCGCCUUUCGCUGCGUCGACUGUGGCCCCUUUCUGCAGUGUGAAGAAUGUCUUCGCAAUCGUCACGAGCAACUACCUUUACAUUCUGUCCAGAAGGUCUGGACCGGAUUCUGGCGCCAAUGUACCCUUUUCAGUCCGUCCGUCUCACAAACAAGCAUUGGUCUCGGCAUGGUGUACCAACUGGGACACCACGGAUUUCCAUGCCCACAUCCCGACCCGCGACUGCGAAGGAUGGUUGUUCUCGAUGCUGGAGGCGUUUUCAAAGUCGAUAUCAGAUUUUGCGCGUGCAGUCACAGUCUGCGUCAUAAGCAUAUGCACCUCUCUCAGUUACUCGACAACGCUUGGACUCUCAAGGUCGUGGGGAACAUGAACGCCCACGACUUCGUGGGUUCUUUGGAGCGAUUGAGCAAUGCGACAUUCACGGAGCAACUCCCCGAUCGCUACAAGGCCUUUGGGCGUAUGAGUCGACAAUAUGAUUUCCUUAUGCGGGCUAAACGAGCCGGGCGUGGCCAUGCGAUGGAUGGACUCGCAACUACGCCUGCGGGUGGUCUGGCCGUCCGUUGUUGGGCAUGCCCAGAUCCUGAGCGUAACUUGCCUGAUGGAUGGGAGAAUGCCGACCCAUCGAAAUCAUACAUUUACUCCUUAAUGCUGGCGCUGGAUGCCAAUUUCAGACUGAAGAACCGCCUUCGCGCAAACGAGCGGCAAGACCCUGCCUUAGGAAAUGGUCUUGGUUAUUUUGUGGAGACCAACGAGUACAAGGAGCACCUGCGCCACUACGUUGCGGAAGAAGAUGUCAGCACCUGCAUCGCCUUCGCCGCCUUGAUGCAAAAGGAGACAAGACUGACCACUGGUCUCAGAGUAUCGGGUGUAGGCGGAUGUGUAUGUGCCCGCCAUGGCAUCGUUCGGCCGUUAGGAUUGGGGGACUUGCAAAAGGGGGAGCGCUAUGCCAACAUGGACUGGGUAUUCCUCAACGCAGUCGGGGGGUUGGGGGUGCGACGACUGGUCAUCUCCUACGACAUUGCAUGUCAAUGGAAGCAACGCAUACGGGAGCGAGCAACCAAACUCAGCAAGAACUCGGUCAUUGUCACCAAAUUGGACGAUUAUGCGCUACAAUUCGCUCUUCCCGUCUGGCACGCGGUCGCGCACGAGUCAAGUUGUCAAGCCGCCAAUUCCUUGACCCAUGCAGUCGGUGUCGGGAGAACGGAUGGAGAGGGCAUUGAACGCACAUGGGCAAUCCUUAAUCCUAUUGGAUUCUCUACAAAGGAGAUGGGGGAAGGCAAUCGACACGACACAAUCGAAGAUAAGAUUGAUCAUGUCAAUUUCGAAAAGAACGUGAAGCAAGGAAACACACUUGCGAGGAAGAUGCUUAUUGCUUUGGCGGAGCGGGAGACGCAAAUCAACGAGUUCGCGGAAGUUGACGACAGCUUGGAAUCAUCCUUGCGCGAGCAGUGGCAACGUCAAGUAAAUGCCUGGAAUGCGGACAAUACGAGCCCGAACCCCUACGUUUCGACGGCUAAGCAUGCUGGGCCUUCCGAGGCUCAAAUUCUGGCAGAGUUGAAGAAGGCGGAAUUGGAACAAUUGCGUAGCGGCCGCGGGAAUGAAUUGGCAGCAGGCAGAACAACGGCGGCGGCAUUCAUCAAGGGUGCAUUGCAAUUGGAGGACCAGCAACGUCGCAUUCGCUUCGAAUCCAGUGGACAAACGACGCUGACAGCCGAGCGUUCCAGCCAGCUCGAUGAAUUGCGUGUAUCUGUGCUGAAGAAACUGCAUACACUGCAAAUGCACCAGAUGGUCUUCAUGCCAGGUGUUGAGGAGCUGCGAGCUGCAGAGGAAGAGCGCCGUGAUGUGGAUGCUGCUCCCGCCCCAGCGGAGGUUGCGAAACUGUGGCUCCCGAGCGACCUAUCAAUGGAGCAACGUGAGGCUGUUUGCCGGCCAACGUUGGUGGAAACGGAGGCCCAGUUGCGUCUUGGACAAUGCAGCGACACCCUAGCCAAGAUUCGAGGUCAUCUCCAUGCGAAAACCCACCUAAUCGACACUCGUAAUGCCAACGCCGUUGGGCAAAACUCGAGCACCAGGUUCGGCACCUUAAUCGGGCGAGUGGGGGAUCAAGCGCGGCGUCAAGCAACGAAAUAUCGAGAAGCCAGAGCGGCUCUGAGAGCGUCGCAGGCCCGAGCGGCAUUGGGCAAGCUGGGCUCGUCAAAACGUGCGCGCAAUGAACCCUCGUUGACGAAGAAGGUGGUGCCUGUCUCAUGGAUAUGGUUCGCAGGGGGGGAGGCGAAUAAAGAAGAGCUUCACGAUUCGGUGCGUGUUCAAUGGACCAAAUCACUCGCUCGACGUGACCGCUGGAUUGAAGAGGUACAUCUAUUGCGGGAGGAGAUGCGGCGAGUUAUCAAGAGUAUCGAGGUUUUGCGGGGGGAAUGGAAGGAACGCGAGGAUGCAAGGACCGAGGUGGACGAGGAAUUGGCGGCAGGAUUGAUGGCGUACGCCAAGCGUCAGAGCUUCGUCUACGGGGAGGUCGAGAAGGCCUUUCGGGGCAUCUGGAGUGCCUCCACUGUGGCGGCAAUCCGGCGCAGCUGCAGAUAA